CCAGUAUCCCAGCAUGCAUAGCACUCUAUAAGGGCUGCGCGGUGACGUCAGCGCGCUCUUUCUCUAUCUCUCUCCCUCUGCUUGCGUUUGAGGCGACAAGAUGGUUAAUGUACCAAAGACCCGGAGGACAUACUGUAAGAAAUGUCGCAGGCACCAGCCACAUAAGGUUACCCAGUACAAGAAAGGAAAGGAUUCCUUGUAUGCACAGGGUAAGAGGCGUUACGACAGGAAGCAGAGUGGUUAUGGUGGACAGACAAAGCCUAUAUUUCGUAAAAAGGCUAAGACCACAAAGAAGAUUGUGCUGAGAUUGGAAUGUGUGGAGCCUAACUGUCGAUCAAAGAGAAUGCUGGCUAUCAAGAGAUGCAAGCACUUUGAGCUGGGAGGAGACAAGAAGAGGAAGGGGCAAGUCAUCCAGUUCUAAGCUGCAGUCUUUGUGUUUUUCGGAGUACAAAUUCACAAUAAAAGUAACUAAAAGUUA